AAAACAAAAAUAUAUAUUACGAUAAUUAUGUUGGAUACAAAAUUUUAAAGAAAUAUUUUUAAAAUUUAAUACCAUGAUAAAUAUAGACACACGUAUAAAAUAAUAGCGCAAGAUCCACAAAGAAAACAUUUUAAUCUGUUUUUCAUCAAAUUAGAAAAUGCAUGACGCCCCUGAAUGUCUCGUUCGAAGAUAUAAGGCUCUUGACGAACUUAUUAAGGAGCUAUCAUCAAAAUCAAACAGCGAGGAUGAAGCUUCCGACCCAGCCAUCAAACUUAUGUGCAACUUUUGGAAUAUUCUCAAAGCAGACCAAGAUUGCAAUCUAACGAAACCAGUUCAACGAGAACUUAACCUCCACCCUGUAAGGGGCACAGACCAUGCAUUCCAGUACAAGCCUGUAACAUGCUUUAUGUCUGGAUGCAGUAGGAAAAGUAAUGAACCUAAUAAGGAACCGCAGUCAUCGAAAAAGUGGCAAAGCUGUAAGAAGUCGGUGACACAAGAACAGCAGAAAUCAACCUGUUGCUCGUCACGAACUGGUAGUAGCACACCAGGUUCAACUAAGGAGACGGAGCCGCUGAGCAAAGUUCUUAAUAAUUUGAACGAGGCCGCGUCGUUCGACAGAAAAUGCAACGAUAAGAUAAGCGCUUUGCUGGCAACUCAGCAGGAGUUGCAAGAUCAGAUAAUCCACUUGGAGCAUCGUGAGCAGGAAGGGGCAGAGUUGUUAAGACAGGCGGACAACAUGUGGACCAGUAUGGAGGAGUGUUACAAGAAGAAGCUGAAGGAGUCACAGGAUAGACAGCAGGAGUUGAUGAAACAGAUGAAGGAUAUUGAAGCGAGCGUCAAAAAGUGGCGAAAUAAUAAAAAGGAUCUUGAGUUACAACUCGACCACGUGAAUAAAUGCCAGCAAGAGAUAAAUGAGACAUUUCUUCAGAAAACAAGUGAUAGGAAUUGUAUGAAGAAGGAAAUAGAAGACUACAAAAAGAGAAUUGAAAAUAACAAAAAAGAACUGGAAGCGACGACACGGUCAUUAGCUUCAAGGAGACAUGUUACUGAUGGACAAAUCGAACGCGUAGCUAAAGAUGUGGCGAGAUUGGAAAAAAAAUUAAAAGAAGAACAGAACCGGAAGCAAGAGAAAGAGAAGGAGGGAAAUGGUUACGUGAAAGAGGCGAGAGAAGAUUUGCAGAAGUUAUGCAAAGUUUUACUCAGGAAAAAACUUGAAAAUGAAGAUUUACAGGCUGAGGGCGAAGCUCUCUUCCUAGAACUGGAGAUGUUGAAACAGACAUACGACCAGUGCACAGUUACUUGUAAAAAUAAACAGCAAUCGAUUGAAGACGAAAUAAAAGCAACACAGCAAGAGAUAGAUGGCUUUAAAGUGAAAUGCAUUCAAUGCCAUGAAUGUGUCGACACUAGUGACGUAAGAAAAUUCUGCACUGAUUGUCCAAGAUGUGAACAGAACAGGGAGUGUUUGCUUGAAGGUGAUCAUUGCAGUCCAGAUCAUACAUUUGAUUGUGUUUGCAUGGAUGUCAAGCAAAAGUUCCUCGAUAACGUGUUCGACAAUAUGUAUACAGUAUUGGAGGGUAAAAGCAAGAGUUGUAAUGGCAAAGCCAUUGCGGAAACAGUAAUGGAUUGCUUGAAACAUAGCAGGAACGGUAAAUUGAAUUCGGAAACGAGAAAGAUUCUGCAAGAUUUUAUACUGAAUACUAUUAAGAAGAACUUGAAUGUAACUAUUGUUGGAGGAGCUGUAAAAACAAGAUGCGAGAUGGAUCCAGAAACUUACAACCAAUUGAUGCUCUGCUUGAAAGGAAUCAAAGUGAAAAUACCACCCAAAGUUGACAAAGGCAGUGCUGCUAAAAAGGAACCUUGUCCACACUGGGGUGAGACGAGUGAAUGCAACUGUCCGAAGGGAUCAAAAGGAGCUAAGGAAUGCAUUUGUAGCAAAAGGGCUCUCACACCAGCAAAGGAUCCAUCCUCACAUCCGGUUGACACUGAUGAUAAGCCGGACCCGGAUGAAGAGGUCACAUGCCCUUACAAGGAAUCGACACCUUGCGCUCCAGAUUGUGGCAUGCAAGGAGUUUCGGGAGGUGUUGAUGCUAAAGUAGCAGCCUGGAGACCUAGUCCGUGUCAAGGUACAUCGUGCCAAUUAAAAAAUAUGAGAGCAGCACAAUGCAUGCUUGGGCAAGAAGCAUUAACCUCUGUGACAAGAGAGAGAGAUUGUGCACCAACAUGUCAAAUAACUGCCACCAUCUCAAAACCUUCUGAUGAGGAUAAUUGUAAAUGCGGAAAAUCUAUAAGGAAGCCAUGUGCCUGUCGUAAAGAUAAAAAACUAAUGAAAGCAGCAGUUAGUACACAAUAUAGCAGGGAAUUAUCCACUAAGCUUAUACUCCCAAAAAGUAACAAAAAAGGAGAAACAACUGACGAAUGCAACUCUUGUACUAGUGGUAGACAUAGUCCAUUAAGAAAAUUAACUGCAAAUGAAGCGAAAAAUAAAAAACAAUCUAUAAAACACCUAGUAUGUAAAGAAACAUUAACAAAUAACUCAAUCAAGAGGAAAUCGUUAAUAGGCGUUCGACAAUCACUGCCUUAUAAAAUAGAAACUAAUCUGAUAAUCGAAAAGAAAGUAUCUCAGCAAGAUUUUUCAAAUCUUUAUAAGGGUGAACCAGAAUCUGCUUUCCAAAAAGAAGUACAACUAAAUGAUUUCCGCAAGUCAAGGGCAUCUUUUAAAGCAGUUGUAUAUGAUGAUAGUAAUAUAAUUGAGGAUGUUUAUCCCAAAAUUUCCAAAACAUCAUCAGGGAAUUUAACUAUGGAAUUAGAUGAAAACAUUGUUAAGUUAUUUAAUUCAAAAAUAGGAGUAAAUCAAACAAUGCAUGCCAAUUUAAGAGAAAGUGAGUCUGGCACAUAUUAUAUGGACUUUAUGUGUGAUAAAAGUAGUCCGCAUAGUAAUAAAAUGAUCGUUACGAAAACACCAUCAGGGAAUCUACAAGUGCUUAUAAAUAAAAGACCAAUCGUUUCAAAAAAAGAAUCUUCAUUAACGGAUCAAAACAAAAGUCCUGGCAAUGUGAAACCCAAUAACAUACACCAAUGGGAAUUAUCUGGGACUUUAUCGGAAAAAUCGUAUACAGAAGCUGCAGAGGUUGAGAAUUCAUUUUGUAAAGUCACUUUUAAAGGUUUGGAUACGAUUUCUGAUUCACAAAUUCUUUUACAACGUACCUCAUCUGGAAACUUUAAGAUUAUUAUGGACAAGGAAUUUGAGAAGCGUUUUAAAGAAACUAUUAAAAAAUGUAAAGAAGAAGAUGACUUAAAUCUUACUUCAAUCAAAUGCCUUAAAACAGAUUCUGAAAAUAUUAUUCUAAGUUUUGAAGAUGAAACAAUUGAAGGCUUUCAAAAUACGGUUUUGUUCAAAACCGAAUCUGGAAGUUUAAAAAUUUUAAUGAAUCAAACUGAAAAUAGAUCUAAUCUAUUAGCAAGAUCUUCAAUCAUAUCCGCAUCGACUUGUCGUAGCUUAUUGCAUACAAUGCUUGUGUCCAGUGUCUCAAUGCCUGAAGAACAUUUAUACAAUAACAGACAACUAAGAGAUAGAUGUUGUAGUGAUACCACUAUUUACAAUUUGCUAAAACUAAGCUUACCAAAUCCCGAAACUGGAGUAUUAUCUCAGAAUCUCAAGAAAUCUCCAUCAGGUCAAUAUGCCAUACUGUUAGAUCAGCAAUCACGCAAAUCAUUUAUCUCAAAUAUGAAAGAUUUGAGUAAAUCAUCUCAAAAACUUGUUUCAAUAAAAAAACAAGGAAGGGAUGAAGCAGCAAUUUUAAAUAGUGGAUUUGAUGAUACAUUAAAUGGAUCUAUAAAAUUAACGCCCUCUAAGAAUAUUUAUGUGACAAUGAAGAAAUCACUGGUCAAAAAUGCAAAAUCAGACUCCGCAUCAAUUUCAACAUGGCAAGAGUUUAUAGAUACUGUAGAAAACCCAGCAGUGAAAGCAAUAACAACAACGUGUCAUAACAGCAAUGAUUGUGAUUGCGAUCUUUCAAAGUGUGUUUGUAAAAAUAUUCACUACAAAUCGAAAAACUGGUAUGUUGAUUUACCAACAAGUGCUCAGUGCAUUAACAGAACGUUAGAUGGACCAAAUACAAUGGAACACUUUAAAAACUCUAGUGGCACUUAUCACUCUAAUGUAAGCGAUACAUUUUCAUGUGCUUCAAAACCACCACAUAUAAUAGUAAAGCCUCGCUUGUGUACUUCCAAUUCUGGAAAAAAUAACCAAAAACACUUGAAUGAAAUUUGCAACUAUCACUCUCAUAGAUACGCAAGCAUCUCGAACGACAUAAUUGAAAAUUCCGGAUAUUGUAAUGUAUGUACAGAAGAUGAGAACAUAAAAUGUGAUGAUAAAUCAAUUGCAAAAGAUCCAUAUCGGUUAAGUUUAGGCCAGCCCAGAAAUAAAUAUAACGAUUCAUUAGACUAUCUUCCCCACCAAUUGCCCUCAUUUUUGAUACCCAAUGAUUGACAUCUUUUUUGAAUUCGUAUUAAAAUAUUUUGCUUAAUUUAUGUGACGUCAUAUUGAUAAACAAAAGAUUAGCGAUAGUUUGUGUACCCGAAAAUAGUGACUAAUGAAAAAUGGGUCAAUAAAUUUGAACGCGAGUGUU